GUGGAGCCGCGGCAGCGCCGCAGGGAUGUGACUCGGGCCAGGGCCAGCAGGAGCGCCGGCGCCGCAGGGCCGCGGGGGUCGAACAUUCCUGGUGUCAGAAAGAUGAGAACCCGCGAGGUGCUCGCCUUCCUUCUGCUCCUGACGGUCGCCUCCGUGGCCUCUGAGAAUGCCAGCACGUCCCGGGGCUGCGGGCUGGACCUCCUCCCUCAAUAUGUGUCCCUGUGCGACCUGGACGCCGUCUGGGGCAUCGUGGUGGAGGCGGUGGCCGGGGCGGGCGCCCUGAUCACGCUGCUCCUGAUGUUCAUCCUCCUGGUGCGGCUGCCGUGUGUCCGGGACAAGGAGAAGCGGAGGCCCGCAUGCCUCCUCUUCCUCUUCCUCCUGGGGACCCUGGGCCUCUUCGGGCUGACGUUUGCCUUCAUCAUCCGCAUGGACGAGACGAUCUGCUCCGUGCGCCGCUUCCUCUGGGGCGUCCUCUUCGCCCUCUGCUUCUCCUGCCUGCUGAGCCAGACAUGGCGCGUGCGGAGGCUGGUGCGCCAGGGCUCAAGCCCGGCGGGCUGGCAGCUGGUGAGCCUGGCGCUGUGCCUGAUGAUGGUGCAGGUGAUCAUCGCCACCGAGUGGCUGGUACUGACGGUGUUGCGGGACACGAAGCCGUCCUGCGCCUACGAGCCCAUGGACUUCGUGAUGGCCCUCAUCUACGACAUGGUGCUGCUCGCGGCCACGCUGGGGCAGGCCCUGUUCACGCUGUGCGGCAAGUUCCACAGGUGGAAACUGAACGGGGCCUUCCUCCUCAUCACGUCCUUCCUCUCCAUGCUCAUCUGGGUGGCCUGGAUGUCCAUGUACCUCUUCGGCAACACCAUGCUGCACCAGGAGGAGGCCUGGAGCGACCCCACCUUGGCCAUCACACUGGUGGCCAGUGGCUGGGUCUUCAUCGUCUUCCACGCCAUCCCUGAGGUCCACUGCACCCUCCUGCCGCCCCUGCAGGAAACCCCACCCAACUACUUCGACACGUCGCACUCCAGGAUGCGACAGACGGCGUUUGACGACAUGCACCUGCCGCGCACCUACAUGGAGAACAAGGCCUUCUCGAUGGAUGAGCAUAGCUCAGCUCGCCGAUCGGCAAGAUUUUCCAAUGGCAGCGUGGGCAAGAAGCGCAGUGGCAGCCUGGGGCGGAAACCUGGCGGCGGCGGCGGCAGCCUGGGCAAGAAACGCGGUGGUGGUGGCAGUGGUGGUGGUAGUGGCGGCAGCAGCGGCGGCAGCGGCAGCAGCAGCGGCAGCGUGAGGAAGCAGCAGAGCGGUGGCAUGGGGCACAGACCCAGCGCCCCGUUUAGAAGCAACGUGUACCAGCCGACCGAGAUGGCCGUGGUCCUUAACGGGGGCACGAUCCCAACCGCUCCGCCAAGCCACACUGGAAGACACCACUGGUGAAAGACUUUUAAGUUCCAGAGAAUAAGCAUCUCUCUUACCCACCUUACUCCCUGGCUGUGUCUUUCUUGAGGGAGCAGUGGGGUCACUGUAGCCGAACCAGGCCACCUUGCAGCCAGCCGGGAGAUGUGGAAACCCCAGCCAAGGGGAUUUUGUGUAAAUGUGAACCUUGAUGAACUGAAAAAGCUAACACCGACUGCCCUUCCUGCCUCUGCCACCCACCCACCCACACACACACACACAGUCUACCAAGCCAACCUCAAUCCCCGCUGACUAAAGCAAAGCUAAUUGCAACUAGUAUUAGGCUCACUCAAAAAUGUGGCUGGGAAGAUAGGGUCGGCCCCUGGGGGCGAGAGCAGAACCAGAUUCCCAGCUGGUGGGCCAGGCUAGUGUUGGUUGACUGUUGAGAUGGGAGUGGGGCGUGGACUCCCCCCCAGCGGCCCCUCCCCCCCAGCAAGUGCCGGACGCCGGGUGGCCUCUUGGAGGCGACCGUUUUGUGAGGCAUGGGGUCGCUUCCACUGGCCCCCCUGGUGGUUUGCACAUUUCCCGGGAGGGCCAGGCGAGUGAAGGAGCCUGUGGCUGUGACUCCGAGGCAGCCGGAUGGUGGCGUGAGCUUUAGAGCCAGCCAUGGUGGGGGGACUCUGGCACGUGCCAAAGAGGAGGAGGCUCUCCCGGUGUGGAAGUGACCGUCCCCUUGAGAAAGCACUGGCCAACCACUGUUCCCUCCUGGGGCCUGGGGCCAGACGGCAGGCCCCGCCCCCUUUCCUUGAAGAGCCAUAGAACUGCCCUGGCUGGGGGUGGUGAGGUCCCUUCUUCCAAACCCUGUCCCAGCUUCAUGGCCAUGCUCCUAUCCAAAGCUCAGAUGGAGCCACCAGCCAGAAGCCACUCCAGGAAACAAGUUAGAAGGUGGGCGCCAUGGCAGGUUUUCGGGAUGUCGCCGCGUGGUAGGGUUUCCCAGGGCUGCCCUCUAGAGUGUGGAGGAAUGUCACUCGCCACUGCCUCAGUAGCAGUGGCUUCUCCAGUCUCCUCCGUUAACCUUGUGAAAACGGCAGGUGGAAUGGGUAUGUGGGGGUGUCUGGCUACUCUGGGAGGAGCGAGUGGGGGACAUCUCGGUCCUGGUUGUCUGCAGCUGGCUCUCUACAAAGCCCAUUGUUUCUGCCAUGACUUCCAUCUGUCCGCAGCAAGUCAUUCUUUUGUUCCUUGGCAUUGCCAACAUCUCAGCCGCUUGGAGCCCCAUGUCCUCUACACUGUUUGGCCAGCGUGAUUGCCAGCAAAGGGCACGGAAUGUAUCGAUGAGGGUGGGGCCUUUUGCAUAUGCUCUGAUCGCUACAUUGCUUUUUCUAUAAGACCUACCCAUAAGCCUUUAACCUUUCAAGAAAAUGAAGCAGGUGCACACUGGGCGGAGGCACGGGGGAGGCCUGACCCCUUCCGUGAGCCAGUGCAUCCGAGCUGCGCGUCUUUUAAUAAACCUGAUUUUUCUUGGCCCCCGUCUUAACUGUGUCCCCCCUGCCUGCCUCUUACGCCCCUGUGCCUGCACAGCACUGGAGAAAAUGAGGCCAAUCUGGGCCCCCCAGGGUGGCCCUCCGUGACUUUUCCUUACAGCUAGGGUACCUUCUUGUGUCACCACCGUGCUUGGGGCAGAAAGCAUGGCACCAGGCCACGGCCCCUACCUGGCCUCCCAGGGCGAGUCCCCACACCCAGCCCAAGGCUUGCUUCUUAGAGAAUCUGAUCCCAGUCCUCUGCUCUGGGACCCUCGCUGGGUGGUCUGCAAACCUGGGGUCUUGGCAAGGUGGGGGAGGGGCAGAAAGCGAGGAACCCCCCCCCCCCCGGGUUGGGGGCCCGGGCGGUUGCAUGCAGACCCCCUGUCCUGAAAAUAAAGAGGUCUCUGCCUGCCUGGGGCCAACCCAGCGAAACAACCACAGCAUCACACAUUCUUGUGCCAGGACGUGGCCGCUCGCCCCCGCACCCUGGAGUCCUUCGGAGCUUUCUAAUGGCAGCAGGGAGCUGGUGUGCAGGAGCCCCCAGCCCCUGCAGAAGGCAGCAGUUCACACGGUCAUUCAUUCUAAGUUCUGUGUUGUCCACCACACGCUUAAGGUGAGCAGGGCGUAAGUGGCAGGACUGGGGACACAAUCCUCCCACCCGGUCACCCCCGGAAAAAUGGAACCGCCACGGAGGCCUGGGAGAACAUCACCGAAUAAUGAGACCUUCUCUUCUUUCCUCUUUUAAAAAUCUCUGAUAGGCUAUUGCGCUUCUGGGGUUUGUUUUAUUUUGGCUUUAAGGUCAAGGUCAAGGUGAAGAGCAGGCUGAGUGCCCUCAGCAUGGGGCAGAGGCGAGAGUGAGGGGAGAAGGGAGAGAGCUGUUGUUGCCCCAAGGACUUUACUCGGAGCCCACCAGACAGAGCUCUGCCGUGCGUCUGACUGCCAGCAGCCCCCAAGGAGCCAAGUUCAAGCGUGAAGUUUGGAGGCACCUGUGUUUAAGACCUGUUUCUGUAAACACAGCUUGGUUGGGGAAAAGCACCUGGAAGACAUCUGUGAUCAGAAUCCCUCAUUGUAAGCACAAAUCUUUCCAUGUCCAGUUAUUAGAAUCGCUUUGGGACUCUGUCAGCCACUGCUAUCCUCGUCUUUUGAUAGAAAACUGUCAGUCUAGCAUGGAUCUCUUCCCCCCAGAGAUGGAGAGUGAGGAGCUAGGGGCUUGGCGGUGCUGGGGGCUCAGCAAACUGUGAGGUUGUGAGCUCCGGGGCUGAAGGUGUGGUUGUUGGGAGCUGGGUGUGCACGGGGCUUUUUGUGGCACAGCUGCCCCCUGGGUAAGUGCCGACUUGGGGCAGGGGUGGGGGGCGGUCCUGGUUGGCCCAGGCUGCGUGGAAUGUCUCAGGCUGAACCCCAAAUGAAAAGGGAGCAACUGUGGCUUUUAUAAUCCGAUGAUGCAAUGAUUAUACCAGCUUGGGGGCGCUCUCGGCAGGUGCUUUUUGUUAAUUGAUAAAGAGCUGAGGCUCGUUUUUUUGAUAGAUAAUAUAUAUUUAUUAAAUGGGUUCAUGUGUGUUUUAUAAUGUCCCUUUAUCUGCCCCUGGCUGACUUGCGUACUUCUAUGGGAUGGAAACUCCUUAAAUGUCAAGACAAUCAACCUGUACCCUGCGUGACUGUAUAUAUCCAUAUUGCCGAUUCAAAAAGGUUUCAUUUUCAAAAUGCUGCUCUUAACACGAAAAUAAAGGCUUUACUGUUCACUCCCGCCGUGUGGUAGUGUGUCACAGCAACCCAGCGCGGCCACCCGGGCUUGGGACCGAGUCUGUGGCGUUUUGAAUG